AUGGCUUCUGCUCGCAGAUCAGGCCGCCUUAAGGGCCCAAGGGCAGUCUAUACAAAUGAUCCAUUCGAGUCGGCCGGUAUUACCGAUGAGUCUGACUCUGAGGAGCAGCGGAAAUCUGCAACUCGAAAGGGAAAGCGGCGGCGCGGUGAUGAUUCCGCGUCAGAUGACGAAUUCGUCGCUGGAGAAGUGAACGAUGAGGAAGAAGAGGAAGAGGAAGACGAGGAUGCGGCAGAUGAUGGGAAUAAAAAUGGAGCCUAUAAUCCUGAUGAUAUGGACGAAAUGGACAUGGACGAACGCGUAGCCACCCCCAUGACUCCAAGAACUCCUGGCGGAAGAUCUCGACUGAACAGAGUGCAAAGCCAGCAGAAACUCCUUGAGAGCAGUGGAGCUACCACUCGAAGCACUAAGGCUCCUACGAAUGAGACGCGUGUUCGUGGAUGUGUCGAUCCUAGAGAGAACGUGUCGAAGCCUAUGCAUUACAUUUCGACCUUUGGUGACGAUGACAGAGACCUCCUCGCUGUUAUUUUCACGCGUGAUCGUUGGGCUCGAGGCGUGGAUACCUGUCUUCCCACUCGCCAUACUCUGGAAAUCCAAUCAACAGCUAAUGAUUAUGAGUACGGGCCAACUUGGGGCGUCGCUCCAGAGGAAAUAGAGAAAGAACGAACCUCGGGCUGGGACUGGUAUUACGACAAAGUCAUUGGAGCGGAGCUGCGAAAAGCCCAGUCAAUUGGACCACAACUGAAGGAAAUGGAUGCGCGUCGGAAAUAUCUACCAAAGGCGAAGAAAGGAAAACACACUAUUCUCAUGGGGCCUGUCGAUGACCAAAAAGUUUUUCACCUGGGCCACCACGAGUCUCUCAACUUUGACCAGGCCUGGGGAGAUACCAAAGCCCAGAAGAGCGACCGGGCCAGUACCAAAGUCCGCGAGGGCUGGCUGAUCAGCUUUGGGCAAAAGAUUCAAUGUUUGGCGUGGGCUCCUAACCAGGAUGGAAUCUCCCAAUAUCUGGCCGUUGUCACUCUAAUCACGCCCGAACAGAAGGAGAAACACACUUCUCACGGGAGUGAACCUUUCUCGCCAUUCCGACCAGCACCCUCUUACCCCUGUGCUCUGCAGCUGUGGGAAUUCAAGGGAAAACAGGCGGGCCUUGUAACCCGCACGCUUGACAUGGAGACCAAGCCACUGCUUCGGCUGGUCCUUUGCACUGACUGGGGCGAUAUUCGCCGCAUAGCCUGGUGUCCCAUGGCCCGAGAAAAGCGAGAAGAGGACGACCAAAACGGUAUAAAAACCAUUGGUCUACUGGCUGGGAUAUGGGGUGACGGAAAGAUCAGGGUCUUGGACGUCAAGUUAGAUCCUGGCAAGAAGACAGAGUUUGUUAAGUUCCAGUCGCCUGUCUUCGAAGCCAAAUCGCCGUCCAAUGUCUCCUCAUGUUUAACAUGGCUCUCGCCCACUGACAUUGCCGUGGGAUGCUCUGAUGGGUUCGUGGCAAUUUGGAGUAUCUUGCCCACGUCCGACAUGGAACCCAUCCCGUAUUUCUACAAGCCCAUCCAUACGUCCUAUGUGCUCAGCAUCACAUCAGCAUAUCCGACCAACUCACAUCUUAUUGCCACCACGUCUAUUGACGGUGAAACAAGGCUCUGGUCCAUGAUCAACCCCGAGAGUGAGAACACGGCUCCCGUGCGCCAGCGGCAGGCUCCUGGCCAUCUUAGCUAUUCUCCUAUCCUUCAGUCGGUAUACUCAUACGAUGAGAACGAUUUUGGUCGGCUGAUGCCAAUUCACAAAUUUUUUGCGACUCAAUCAGCAGGCAGGAUGCCUAGCGCAGUGAUCAGCCUUGCGCCGUGUAGCUUCUUCCACCCGUCUCUCCUAUUUGGCACAGCGGGCGGCGAAGUGGUGGCGACCAAUCCAUUCCGUCGACUUCUCUACAGCAAGGAGCAGCAUUGGCAGCAGACCUGGUUUUCCCACGACUGGGCCCCUGGUCUUGAGAAAGACAGCUCAGGCGCCAGCCGAUUCUAUGAAGCAUACCGGGCGGAAACUCAGAGUCUGGCCCGAAAUUUGUCAGGCGACAAGCGUCCUCAACUCGGCUCCUCUCUCACCACCGUCCACGAUGAACGAACCCACGUCACCGCGCUGGGGUGGAAUCCAAACCGCCCAACUGCAGGCUGGGCUUGUGCUGGAAUGGGCUGUGGCCUGUUGCGAGUGGAAGAUCUUGCUAUCUAA